AUGGAUGGAGUAAAACGGAGCUUCCUGGGCGCACAAAGCGCCGACACCAACAUGGCCAGCGCCCAGGGCGCCAACACUAACAUGUCCAUGAACCUCCAGAUCUCCGCCGCCCAAUUCAACGAGACGCGGAGAGAAAUCACAGAACUGGUGCUGAGCCAACAGAAAACCCUGCGUAGCAUGCACAUUGUCCUCGGCGUUUUCAGCUUGAUUUUCGCCACAGUCAUGGUAGCACGCAUCCUGUACGACAGCUGGAGGGCAGCUAAGCUGAAGGUGGUUUUGAGACCAAGGAAACUCGAAUGGCUAAGGUCAAUACACACCGCUGAAGUCUUUCCGCUGGCUCUCGCAACUGGCUUGACCGUCCAGAUGAUCAUCAUAAUUGCCGUUCAGUCGGGAAAUCUUGAUCGAUUUUUUGAACAUCAUUGCCGAGCCGUUGUUCAGUUUAUCCUGCCGACUAUCCUUCUCGUCGGCUAUGUAAACCUUGUCUUCGGCAUCGAAACCACCAUACGUGCGUUCAAAGGAUCAGUACCGCGAGGGAAAUGGAACGUUACGGGCUGCACGCUGGCCAUCCUUGGGUGCCUGCUUGUCUCAUGGCUCCCCACGAUUGUCUGGCCCGGCAAAAACCUGUGCUUUGGAGAGCUCAUCUGGAUUCCCUUCCAAUACCGUCGGGUCCUCGUGCCGCUGCUUUCUGUCCUGCUCUCUGCUUACAUUGCAUUGGGCUCACUACUAAUCCUCAAGCUCCGCUAUGACCCCAAUUUUGACGCCGACGAGAGGGUUUCAGCAUCUAGGAUGGUCUGGUACUUGACUUUCGCUCUCGUUGAACAUGCUCUCAUUGUCCCGUUUUUCAUUCAAGCCUAUAUGAUGAACUUCGACGAAAAGUUUACAAGCUCUCGCGUUGCGGAGAUUGCUCUCUUUUCCUCUGGAAUCUUUGUCGCAUUCCUUCACCUUUUCCUUCGAGUGAACGUAAACCGCAUGAUCAUAAAGCCCGUAGGCGUUCCAUGGAAGCAAAACACAAAGGCCAUCCGAUUCCGUCUUUUCGGUCCUAGUGACCUGGAGAUGAACAUCAGCAAGCCUUUGGGCGUCAAGGACCGCGCUUAUGCGAUGCAAGAAUACUACUACAACAAACCGGAGAAGGGUAGCUACGACUACAGCCUCAACUCCCCGGAGAUGUUCAGGCGGCCGUCCGACCCCGAGGCUACCUACACACCUCAGCUCCCCACCAUUCUCGUCAACCGCGACUUCAGACAGUCGAACGGAUCGAAACUGUCCGCCUGGCCACUUCCUCUUGAACCUCUCAAGAGAACAACCAUUGGCAGCAGGCACUCUCGCAAGCCGUCUGGAGAUAAGCGGACCCCUACCUAUUCGCUCUUUCCCAAUCGAGCCUCUAUUGAUGAUGCCCCGCGUCUUCCCGCCACCAUCUAUAACCCAUUCCAGCCAUCAAGCGCCCGCGACAGCCGCAAGCCUUCAUUUGACACUGGGAAGCGGGGUACCCAAGCCUCGCUUGCGCCAUCCGUCACCGACGUGUCGGAGGCAUACCGGGGCCUCCUUCCUCCAAUGCCCCCGUUCGCCCGACCCCGGUCGCAUCGCAGGGACAGCAGCCUGGACAGCAGUGCAACCGUUCAGAUUGGUCUGCGACUUUCGGUUGCGCCCGCCGCGCUGAUGGGAGGCAGCGGCAGCAACAGUAUCAGCCGCCAAUUGGCUCCCCCGUCACCACUGAGGGAGUCGACUGGUUCAACUGGAGAGAGCAUCGCAGCGGCUGCACCCGCUCCACUUUUCUCCUCUAAGCCGCUUGGCCACAAGCGACAGCCGUCAGCCGCGCAGACGGAGGAGAGAGAGGCCAAGAAAGAGGCCCUGCCUGCUAUGCUUGCCGCUCCAUAUUCACCAGCAUCCACACGCUUUCAGGAGGACGACGAGUCAAUCGACGGCAGCUCUGAGUACAGCGCGCCUUCAUUCAAGUCGUUCACCAUCCUCAACCCCCAGAAUAGCCAACGCUAUCUGGAGAGCGCGCGCAACAAGGUUCUCCCACCCACGCCGCGUGAAUCGAUCACGGAGAGCGAGCGGAGCAGAAACACGGAAACGCCUGUGGGCGCAGGCAGUCCACCACGCGUGAACGCCACCAGCACGCCGGAGCGCACAGCUUCGCCCAGAUGGGUGGAUCUACGGAGCGGUACAAUCAAGAGAAACAAUUCGCCAGCGCGCAACGGCAUGCCUGAGGCGCCGGCGCAAAAGUGGAUAUGA